CAAAAUAUGUCACUUAUGACACUGACAAUUACAAACUUGAAAUUUCUACGUUUACAGCUAAAGUUUGUAAUUUAAUGCAAAUUUAUUGAAAAUUACUAAUAUUUACACAGUAUGAAUGCUGCAAAUAAGCGAAAAGACAACAUGGAGGUUGAUAAAAAUGCCAAAAGAGUGAAAAAGGUAUGCAGUUACGGUGAUAAGUGUUACAGGAGGAAUCCAGCGCAUCUGAGGGAGUUCAGUCACCCGCAUUUAGAAGCGAUCCUUGAUGCCAGUGAUGGAGGGGACUACUCAAUCCCACCGGAGUUGAGUCUACAGCGGCAACUUGUGUUAGAACAGUUGGAGAUCAUUGUUCAGAAGAAACUAUAUGAGCCACAGAGUUCUAGCACAAGUACCACAAGGCCAAAGACUCCAGAACCUCCCUCCGUAAAACAGCCAACCAAACCAACUACAGACCACAAGCUCCCAGAGGGUUCUGAAAAGUUCAAAGAGGGUUCAAAAGUAUCAAAGGAUGCAAAGGACCUAAAAGCAGCCGAUAAAGACUCCAUAGCAUCAAGCUCUGAUAAAAAGGAGACCAGUAGAAAAGAUGAAAAAGGAAAUAACAUAACGGAUUCUGUAAAAGUUAAAGAUGACUACCGACCCAUAGUGCCUCCAAGCCGUCGCGCGACAGAGUACCUAACUGUCGUGCGCCCCGCGGGCGGCAUGGCGGCCAAACACGCCGCCAGCGCGCCAUACCACAUCUUUUACACUACCAUAGCUUCCGCCAAGGAGACACAUAGUCAGCCUUACUCUAUCACGUUUCUAGGUAAGUUAUACAUCUUACUAUACGCGCCUUACCACCUCUUUUACACUACCAUAGCUUCCGCCAAGGAGACACAUAGUCAGCCUUACUCUAUCACAGAUCUUGGACCGCGUUUGGGCGAGCUGCAAUGCUCCCUCCAAAUCAACUUCAUGGUUGAGCCGGCCUGGCUGCUGGCGCAGUACUACUUUGCUGGCUACAGCGAAAAGAAGCUAACAAUAUUAUACGGUGAAGAAUGCUCGGACCUCAAGAACAUCAGUAAGAAGAAACCUCAAGUCGAAGCCUAUCAGGUGCCCAUGGCCACGCCUUUUGGGAAACAUCACACUAAAAUGAUGAUCCUUUGCUACGGGACGGCUCGCACGGUGGUAGUAUCCACUGCCAACCUGUACGUCGAUGAUUGGGAGAACAGGACGCAAGGGCUCUGGUUCAGCCCGCGCUGCGCCCCGCUGCCGCCCGACGCCAUGCCGCACGACGGAGACUCCCCGACCCAAUUCAAGAAGUCCCUCCUCAAGUAUCUGGCGCAGUACAGGACUCCCAUGCUCUCGAGAUAUGUAGCGAAGGUGCAACGAUGCGACUUCAGCCAUAUCAACGUAUUUCUGGUAGCAUCAGCUCCCGGCGGCCAUUUCGACAUGGACUGGGGUCUGACCCGAGUAGGGUCCCUUUUACGGCAGCACUGCGCCAUCCCGCGCAGCGAGCAGCAACGCUGGCCGCUCCUGGCGCAGGCCAGCAGCAUCGGCAGCUACGGCAAGGAGCCCAGGUUGUGGUUGACGGGUGAUUUUCUUCACCACUUCACGAAGAUAAAGGAGCAACCUCAAACACUAUCACAGCCCCCGGAGUUGAAACUCAUCUACCCUUCAUUAGAGAACGUGAAGCAGUCUCACGACGGCCUGCUGGGGGGCGGCUGCCUGCCGUACGCCGCCGAAGCGCACUUCAAACAGCCCUGGCUCAACAGUUUCCUUUUGUGAGUCUCAUUAUAUUCAUAUUUUUGACCGAGCGAGACAGAAGGUCUCCGCUCCAGCUUGAGCAUGCUUUCGUCCGGCUGCUCUCCUCUACAGGGCUUGCUCAACCGAUUAUCAUAAAAUUUGGUAGCAGGUUGAUAAUUAAUAUACACCGUUUUUUUUAUUUCCGUUAAUAUCAAGGGAGCAAUCCUGAGCUUAAAUUAAGUAACUUUCUCAAAGAAACCGGUAUCCUAAUUAACUCCAUGCCGAGGUUUUCCCGAGGGUCUACAGUAUGAGGUUCUUCAAAAAAGGAGUGUACAGAUUUUUAAAGGGUCGGCAACGCGCAUGUAACAGCUCUGGAGUUGCAGGCGUCCAUAGGCUACGCGGACUGCUUACCAUCAGGCGGGCCGUAUGCUUGCUUGC